UAGCUGAUCCAAGCACAAACAAGUAAUAAGCAGAAGAAGAAGAAAAAGAGGAAGAGAAAAGAUGAAUAUGGAGAUUGAGGAAGUGAUCUACCAAAAACUGCCACUCCUUUCACUGAACCAUGUAUCUUUGUUGGUGAAAGAUGUUUGGAAUUCAGUGCAAUUCUAUGAAGCUGUAUUGGGCUUCUGUCUUGUCAAACGCCCUUCUUCUUUCAAUUUCCAUGGAGCCUGGCUUUACAAUUAUGGCAUUGGGAUUCACUUGCUUGAGAAUAAAGCUAUGGAGGACUUGGAUGUCAACAAUGAACCACGCCCUAUUAAUCCAAAGGAUAACCAUAUUUCCUUUCAGUGCACUGAUGUUGAAUUGGUGAAGAGGAAGUUGAAAGAGAUGGGAAUGAGAUAUGUAACUGCAGUGGUAGAAGAUGAAGGAAUCAAAGUAGAUCAAGUAUUUUUCCAUGAUCCAGAUGGCUAUAUGAUUGAAAUUUGCAACUGUGAAAACCUUCCAAUGCUGCCUAUUUCUUCAAAUUGCCAACUUAAUCACCAAUUUAUUGGCACUUACAAUAAGAAGAUAAUGCCAAUGGCUGUCCCAAAUUAUAGCUGUGGUUUUAUGGAGACUCUUAUGAUGGAGAAAUUAAGCAUGGACAUGCUCAACUUUUCCUACUGAUUAAAACGAUCUUUGAAAUUCUUGAUAGUCUUAAAAGGGAACGCGAAUCUAGCGACGACUAUUCUUGAAUCUUUGAAUCUUUCAAAUGUUUGCUUAAUUUUUACAUGCAAAAAGAUUAUGUAUUUGCAGUUUCAAAACUUUAUAGUUUGGUUAUGUGCAACUAUUAUUUAAUGAAUAAAUUAUAAGAAAGUUGUUGUAUUA